CGAGCCUGUUUCAACGGGCGCAGCUAGACUAAGUCCCUUGCAAGCUCUCCGGUCAACUACGCUAGUGCCUACGAAACCGGCGUGGACUUAGAGUGACGGGCGUGAAGAGAACAUGGCCCGAUGGACAGAUAAGAUGUGAAUUGAUCGGAGGGGAUGGGAAACAUCGGUCCUGUGUGCGCGUUGCGGGGCGCCCUGAGACUGUAAUUUAUGCCUGAACCGUAGACACAGACAGAUGCACUGCCAGCGAGAUCUCAACCAUUCAGAGCGGCUGGAAGCACGACCAGGAAGUCUGCUGCUGUUCCCAAGCAGACGAAAGGAGUUCUCUGCCUGCAGGCAGGGAACGUGUUCUCGAGUAUCAAAAGUCAGACCGACCGCGAGACAGCUCGCCCUUGUUAUAGACCUACCUACGCGGCCACGCUCUUUCCGCGCUGCAUCCCUCGUCCCUUCAAAAGCCCGCAUCCCUCCUCCGACGCGACCUUUUCCGCUCGCGCGCCUUCAUCUUUCCCCUUCCUCCCUUUCCCCCCCAUCCUACACCCGUGCACACGAUUCGCUUCGUGGGCCAUAAUUUGUCUCACCCCAGUCAUUCUUUCAUUCCUUAAUUGCCUUGUGGCCGAGGCCCCUCCCUUCAAGUUGCAAUUGCUCGAGCUCUCUCUCGCCUGCGACCAUGAAAGACGUCACAGCCCUGCACAAGCACUCUCGAAACUCCCUCGUCUAUCCCAAGAAACGGCCAUCUCCUCACGGUGUCACAAAGUCCUCCCACAAGACACCCUUAUUGCUUCCUGCACAUGGGCCCGUCCGUAAGACGCCACGGUCAGCCAAGGCCAGCCUCGCCCAUCAACGCCAGCGCGAGGCUCAGCUUCAAGCGUUGCGAAGAGAUGGUGUCUUGCUCGAGGACGAGUACCGGGAGGAGAUUCGCCACUAUAUGCACGAGAUGGAGCGUUUCACAACGUGUUCUCUCCAGUCCAUGGACCAGCAACCGGAAAUCCGGUGGCACAUGCGUCCUUGCCUGGUCGACUUCCUAGUCGAAAUUCACUUCACCUUCCGCCUACGACCCGAAACCUUGUAUCUCACCCUCAAUAUCAUCGACCGCUACGUCUCGCGGCGUGUCGUGUAUAUCAAGCAUUAUCAGCUCGUUGGCUGUGCUGCCCUUUGGAUUGCGGCCAAGUUCGAAGAUGCAAAGGAACGCGUCCCGUCCGUGACUGAGCUCGCGCAAAUAUGCCGAGACACCUACGACACCUCAGCGUUUCUUCAGAUGGAGGGGCAUGUUCUCUCGACGAUCCAGUGGACGCUCGGUCACCCCACUGCCGAGGCGUGGUUGCGUUUGAUGUGCACGGGGCCUUGCGUGGAGGAUAUCAAGGUCCAGCAUGUCGCCCGCUUCCUGAUGGAAAUCACGCUGUUCUAUCGCGAGUUCGUGAAGUACUCUCCGUCCACUAUCGCUUUGGCCGCCCUUACGCUUGCUCGCUUCCUCUGUGAAAAGCCGCGACGUACAUGGGAGGAGACAGACGAAUGCUUCGAAGUGGUUGGCCAUUUGGACAGCCGUCUAUCGAAACACGUAAACGACCUGUCGGAAACGCUUGUGAAGAAGUACUCCUACGCGUUCUACUCGAAAGCGGCCACCUUCGUUGUCCAGUACUACCUUCAAGGCGGUCGCUAUGUUCGUUCGACGCCGCUGCCGAUGACGCCAAUCCGUUCUCCCCCUUCCACUGUAGCCACCCCCAUGAGUACGUCGAGUUGUGCGUCGGAUCGCUCCGACGACUUUCCGAUGACUCCGAACACGCCAGCCAGCGCCGGUUUCCCGACCGAUCCGUUUGGCGGGUUCACGCACACGGAUAAGGAAAACCUGCCAUCGGUGUUUGAGCCUGCAGUGAACAAGCACCGAAUUGAGACGGCGCCUGAGCAGUUCUUGCCGCACGACUUCGUGACUUGCCGACCGGUUCUACAGAAUCUGAACGUUUCUCCCCGGGCCAUGGUGCCAUAGCAUCUCGAACUCCGUCAUUGUAUCCGCCGUCAAAAGUUUACCAGCAAAAUGUAAUAACAACAGCAUACACGUCGUCGCCGACAUCGCACUUUUUUCCACUCUCUCCACUAGCAUGCAUCCACCACUGUCACUCGCAAUUUCCUCUCGUCGUCGUCGUCGUCGAAACAUCCUAUUCUGGCAGGUGCACAAUCUAUCGCGAAUAACGUUCGCUUGGUGUAUCGCGCAGUCUCUGUCGCUUUGACGGGAACCACUAUCCCCUGCCAGUCUGCGUCGGGUCCAGCGACCCGGGCAUGGAUUUGCCCCUAUAUUUUUCGCGGGCGUGCACUAUAAAUGACCGGCUUACACUCUCCUUCGCUCUCGUCCUAUGCAUUCAUCCAUCAUCCACCAUCAUUUUCAUCAUUCCUGCACCAAAGACGACAGCUUGUACCCCUUGCUCCCUCCUUAUACUUUAUUCUUCAUUUUAUGAUACAUACUUUCUCCGUCUUGACCCCACCGCGUUCCUCGGUGCAAAAGUACCCACCCUUCCCUCGGCGUUCUUUCGCAUUUGGUAGUCUUCCCUGCACAAUAUUCGUCUUUAUAAAUCCCUUACAAUCCGCCCUGUACAUACAUCUUGCAAAGAAUGCAAUCUGUCGUCGUCCAAAAGCUA